UAUGGUCAAUGCCUGUGAAAAAUGCUGUAAAUCUUCCAUUCAGCAAGAUUGGAUAUAAGCAUCUGGAACAUUUUAGUAAUGCUUAUAUAUAUAUUAUUUAUUUGUGUCUUAUUUUAUAGGAAACUGUAGAAAAAUAAAAGGUUUUGAACAUGAUAUGUCUGUCUCAGGCCACCGUAGUAGAACGUGUGGAGGCUCGGUUACUAAGCAACCGUAAUCAACAAUUUCCUGUCUCUUGAUAGUAAAGCAAAAGACAACAAAAGCAAAUAGAACCGAUUUAUCACUCAGUACGAUAUGUUAAGAUGAAUACUGAACUAAACGAAGAGAUGCUCCAGGAUAUUUACGCCUGGAUUGACAAAAUACCGCUUUCCAGAGCAAAACGGAAUAUCACGAGAGAUUUCAGUGACGGAGUGAUGGCUGCUGAGGUUGUGAAGCAUUUCUUCCCAAAGCUGGUGGAUCUGCACAACUACACAACAGCCAAUUCCACUCAGCAGAAGGUGACUAACUGGAUAACACUCAACAGGAAGGUGUUUUCCAAGCUGAACUUUCAUGUGCCUGAAGACUUUAUAAAGAAAAUUGCCCUGAAUACUGCAGGAUUUAUUGAGCCUGUGUUGUAUAUGCUCCGAGAGAAGAUUGAAGAAAGGCGUCAUGGAAAAACGGUGGAUAAGAGACAGGAUUUGAAAUACUCCAACAAUACAUACUUGAAACAACAAGAAGUACCAGAGUACCUUCAAAUACCAAAAAUGCCUGUACAUUUGAAACCCAUACCAAGUGAGAUGAUCGAGAAACCAACACAUCUUCAAAAGGCAAGACCUGAGUCCUUGGCAACAGAGAGCCAGCGCAUCGACCCAGCCUUCCAGCACUUCAUGGAAGAGAAGGAAAAGACUCUCCUGGGUCUACAGGAGACUGUGGAGGUCUUGCAGAUCAAGGUGAACCGACUAGAGCAUCUGCUGCAGCUCAAAGACUUGCACAUUGACGACCUGACAAAACAUUUGGAGAAAUACAAGUCAAGAGCUAACAUGCCGUGAACAUGAGUUUGCUGCAGGAAAACAUCAUGAAUGUG